AGUAUAUACCCAUUUUAGAACUUUAAGAUUUAGAGUGUACCAUCAAAUGACAGCAAUGUCUAGCAACACACUUGUGUACUCACCAGGUACCUUAACACACCCAUACUUGUGAACGAGAUAAAAGCAGAGACAAAAUAGAUUUGCCAGUUCAUUCUUGUGCUAACUGUGAUCCAGCGUACUUUAUUACAAAACCCGAAAUAUAUCAAGUGUCGACGAGCCUGGUGCUAGGACCCUUUUAACACCCAAGACGCCAAUCGGACGCCCAGAAAGUGCCAAGUCAGUAGGCGGGGAGCAUUCAGUAGGUGAAAGAAACCUUUGUCUAGUAAGUUACUUUGGUGCGGCUGGAGUUUUCCUCACGGUCUGGUGAAUAUCGAGGUGGAUAUUGAAAAUUGUGAACUCUUCGUUGAUUGAUUUCGCGAAUUUGGACCAGCACCGCGAUUCCCAUCCGGCCAAGACGGAAAGCUCAGGAUUUUCGUGCGGUUUGGUAGAGCGCAGAUACCGGGAGUGGCGUUCGCGAAAGCUGGUGAGCUGAUAAAGGUCGGUCGGAAGACAAAACCGGCGACCAAGUUCCGAUUCUCGACGUUGUUUCGCAGCCUACCGGGAGCGGUGAGUGCCUGAGGAACGAAGGGCCUUAGACGCGACAUCGGCAAAGGUCGAUAGAGUGUAGCUUUUAUUACUGUUCUAUUGUCUGAAUAUCCUUUCAUUCAAUUGUGUGACUCACAAUAGCCUUUUUAAAGUGCAGUAGUAGAAAAACAAAAACAUGGCGCAAUCUUCGGCGCAAUCCUCUUUGGCAACCAACAUCGAGCCUUACAGAAAGGGGGCUGGGUUUACUGAAUGGGCAGAGCGUUUAGAAUACCUGUUUUCAAUUAAUGCAGUUAAAGAGGAGCACAAAAAAGCAUAUUUAGCCACUUUAGGUGGUCCUGUUGUGUAUUCUGAAUUAAAAUUACUAUACCCUAAUACCGAUUUGAAUACUAUUGCAUACAGGGAUAUGAUUUCAAAACUAAAGGCAAGAUUUGACAAAGUGGCGCCUGAUAUUAUUCAGCGUCUGAAUUUUAAUAACCGUAUGCAACAGAAGGACGAAUCGGUCGAGGAUUUUGUCCUUGCUGUAAAAUUGCAAGCUGAAUUUUGCACUUUUGGUGAUUAUAAAUCUAUAGCCAUCAGAGACCGGGUAAUUGCUGGUAUAAGGGACAAGGCCCUCCAGCAGCGGCUCCUUAAUGAGGAAAAUUUGACACUAGCAACAGCAGAAAAAAUCAUUGCCACUUGGGAGGUGGCAGGAGCGAACUCCAAAGGUUUGGCCGACAAUAAUGUUGGGGAAAGGAUUGCUACUAUAGCAUCUGAUAAUAAACUUGACGACAAGAGGCUCAGUAAAUUAGAGCAAUUACUUGCAACAAUGAGGUUGGCUAGGGCUGAAAAUGUAGAUCCUGGGGAGGGUCACAGUAGGGGACCGGUGAAGUCGAGGUUAGGCUAUAGACAGGAUACCCCACGAAGACAAGCGAGCUACAACGAACGGUCAGGACCAUACAACCCCAGGAUGCGAGGGGACUGGAGAGGCAACCGAGACAAGCAAAAAGGACAUUAUGCGGAUUUGAUUUGUGACUUUUGUGGAAUCAAAGGUCACAUUAAGCGCAAAUGCUUCAAGCUAAAGAACAUGAAAAGGGAUGCAGUGAACUUCGUGGACCAGCAGAAUCCGGAACCCAGUAAGGACGAUGGCUGGGAGGAGCUGUUCAAUAAGCUGAAAGCAGACGAUUCUGAGAGUGAGGAUGAUUGGGAUGCAGGUGAUUUUGAAUGUAUGAAUGUGACGUCUUCCAAAAAUAACCCUUGCUUAAUAGAUGUUGUUGUGGAUGGCAAAAAUUUGCAAAUGGAGGUAGAUUGUGGUGCCUCAGUGUCAGUAAUAGGCAAAAAUCAAUUCUUGGAUAUAUUUAACAAACCGCUUGUACAAUGUGAAAGGAAACUGGUUGUGGUAAACGGGGACAGACUCAAGAUUGAGGGAGAGGCUAAUGUCUUGGUGGAAUUUCGAGGAACGGUUAAAAAUUUAAAGAUUUUGGUGCUAAAUAGCGAUUAUAAAUUUAUUCCGCUAAUGGGAAGAACAUGGUUGGAUAUUUUCUUUCCGGAAUGGAGAAACUUUUUCACUAAUAUUGGAAGCAUUAAAAGCUUAUGGAUGGACAAGGCUGAGACAACGGUCAAUGAGAUUAAGCAAACCUUUUCAAACGUUUUCAUCAAAGAUUUUACACAGCCCAUAAGAGGUUAUGAGGCAGAGUUAGUGCUAAAAAGUGAUGUACCAAUCUUUAAAAAAGCUUAUACAGUUCCCUAUAGGUUGAGAGAUAAAGUAUUGGAUUAUUUAAAUAAGCUUGAGGAACAAAAUGUUAUUACACCUGUUAAGACAAGUGAAUGGGCCUCCCCUGUUGUGAUUGUGACAAAAAAGAAUAACGACAUUCGUCUGGUAAUCGAUUGUAAGGUAUCGAUCAAUAAGGUAAUCAUACCAAAUACGUACCCUUUGCCUACAACACAGGAUUUGUUUGCUGGUUUAGCCGGGAGUAAAGUUUUUUGUUCUUUAGAUCUUGAAGGAGCCUACACGCAAUUAUUGCUGUCGGAUAGAUCAAAAAAAUUUAUGGUUAUCAAUACAAUAAAGGGACUUUAUAUUUAUAAUCGGCUACCGCAGGGAGCAUCAUCAAGUGCUUCAAUCUUUCAGCAAGUUAUGGACCAAGUGUUGCUGGGAAUUGAGUUUGUUUACUGUUAUUUAGAUGAUGUUUUAAUUGCUGGAUCGACUAUUGAGGAAUGCAAAGAAAGAUUACUUUUGGUAUUACAAAGAUUAUCAGACGCUAACAUCAAAGUAAACUUGGACAAAUGUCGUUUUUUUGUUACGGAGCUUGAUUAUUUGGGUCAUGUUAUUAGUGAUAAAGGUUUGCAACCAUGCGCAGAAAAGACAUUGGCCAUACAACAGGCAAAGGCACCUAAAAAUGAAACGGAAUUGAAAUCAUUCUUGGGCCUCAUUAACUACUACAACAAAUUUAUCCCUAGAUUGUCUGUGAAACUGUAUCACUUGUACAAUUUAUUGAAGAAUAAAGUUAAAUUUGUGUGGGAUGAACAUUGUAAUAGAGCUUUUGAGGAAAGUAAAAAUUUACUUAUUAAUUCACAGUUUUUAGAAUUUUAUGACCCAAAGAAACCUAUAGUGGUUGUUUCGGACGCUUCAAGCUAUGGCUUGGGAGGAGUUAUAUCCCAUAUAAUUGACGGAGCUGAAAAGCCGAUAAGUUUUACGUCGUUUUCUUUAAACUCAGCGCAACGCAAGUAUCCCAUUCUGCAUCUAGAGGCUUUGGCUUUAGUGAGCACUGUGAAAAAAUUUCAUAAGUAUCUGUAUGGGCAAAAGUUCCAAGUUUUUACGGAUCAUAAACCAUUAGUAGGAAUAUUUGGCAAGGAGGGUAAAAAUCCUAUUUAUGUAACAAGAUUGCAAAGAUUCAUCCUAGAGCUCUCUAUUUAUGAGUUUGAAAUCCAAUACAGACCGUCUUCGCAAAUGGGAAAUGCAGAUUUUUGUUCUAGGUUUCCGUUAGAACAAAUGGUUUCUGAAAAUUUAGAUGCAGAAUGUGUGAAAAGUCUGAAUUUCGGAAAAGAAUUGCCCAUCGACUACAAAAUAAUAGCCAAAUGGUCAAAGGAGGAUGAAUUUCUCCAGCAAGUGGUGUCAUAUUUACAAAAGGGUUGGCCGAGGAAAUUGGAUAAGUGUUUUGCGGACAUUUUUGCAAAUCAUAAAGAUUUGGAGAUCAUUGAAGACUGUGUGUUAUAUCAAAAUAGAGUCGUGAUUCCGAAAGGUAUGCAAGAUAAAGUAUUGAAAUUGUUACAUGCCAAUCAUGCAGGCAUUGUAAAAAUGAAGCAACUUGCGAGGAGAAAUGUCUAUUGGUUUGGAAUUAAUUACGAUAUAGAAAAGUUUGUUUCAUCCUGUGAUGUUUGUGGCAGCAUGGCAAUAGUACCGAAGCCCAAGGUUUUAUCCAAAUGGAUUCCAACCACGAAACCAUUUAGUAGGAUUCACAUAGAUUUUUUCUAUUUUGAACACCAUGUUUUUUUGCUAAUGGUUGACAGUUUCUCAAAAUGGCUUGAAAUUGAGUGGAUGAAGAACGGCACAGAUGCAAGUAAAGUUAUAAACAAGCUAGUGGUGUUUUUUGCACGAUUUGGGUUACCUGAUAUGCUGGUUUCUGAUGGAGGUCCUCCUUUCAAUUCAGGAGCUUUCAUUAGUUUUCUCGAAAGGCAGGGCAUAAAGGUCUUUAAAAGUCCACCUUAUCAUCCAUCAAGUAACGGCCAAGCCGAAAGAUUUGUUAGGACAGUUAAAGAGGUAAUGAAAAAGUUUUUAUUGGAAAGGGAUGUGAUGGAACUGGAAUUAGAAAAUCAAAUUAGUUUGUUUUUGAUAACUUACAGAAAUAACUGUUUGACGAAGGAUGGUGACUGUCCAUCAGAACGAAUAUUUUCGUAUAAUCCCAAAACUUUGAUUGAUUUGGUCCAUCCUAAAAAGCAUUUCAAACAAUAUUUGCAAGAGCAACUACCGCAUGAUGAUACUAACAUCCCUAACAAGGAUGGAAAAGUCCAUGAGGGGUCAAAUGAUCCAUUGGCUAAUCUGACAGCGGGUGAUGAGUUAUGGUAUAAAAACCAUAACCCACACGUUAAAGCUAGAUGGGUAAAAGCCAAUUUCAUUAAAUGGCGUUCUCGAAAUAUAUUACAGGUGCAAAUUGGAAACGGUCCCAUCAUGGCUCAUCGCGACCAGGUGCGAAGAUGUAACGUAGACGACCGAUGCAGGCCUAAUGCAGUCGUCAUCCUGAGGCGCUGCGAUGAAGAGGGAGCCGUGACGAACGAAUUGCACAAUAGCAGAGAAAUGGCAAGGGCCAAUGUGCAGCCAGCGAAUGCGGAUGCUCGAAUUAGGCGGAAGAGAAAACAUGAAGAUUCGGUGAAUGAGCAACAGGUUAUGCUUAGAAGAUCGGACAGAUCAAAAAAACCUAAGAGAGAUGAGAUGUAUGUUUACGAUUAAUCAUAUUCGUUAGUUCGUUUUUUGUUAUCAUGGAUUAUUUUUCUUUUCGAAUAUCAGAUUUUUAUAAAGUGAAUUAGAAAAAAGUGAACUUAACUCUAGAUUUAACGGUCGGCAACAGCCGGAGUAAUAACAUCCGAAGGGAUGAGAAGUUGUAGUAUAUACCCAUUUUAGAACUUUAAGAUUUAGAGUGUACCAUCAAAUGACAGCAAUGUCUAGCAACACACUUGUGUACUCACCAGGUACCUUAACACACCCAUACUUGUGAACGAGAUAAAAGCAGAGACAAAAUAGAUUUGCCAGUUCAUUCUUGUGCUAACUGUGAUCCAGCGUACUUUAUUACAAAACCCGAAAUAU